AUCAUCUUCGUGCCCAGCAAAUUCCCCUGUUUCCAUAUAAGAAAAACAGAGCAAUCUUGGAAUUUCCCCUUCCAAACAAUGGCAGGCCCAGUUGUGUUCAAUGAUGAAGUAUUGGAAGCCGGCCAAAAUAGAGCUCGCCUGAGCUUGAUCGGGAGGCUGCGGUGCUCGUCCCACCCAUCCAGAAAUCGCGUUCAACAUACCGUCAAUAAUCUGUGGGCAAAGAGAGCUCCAGUUACUGUCCUUGAUGCAGACCAUGGUCUAUUCCAAUUAGUCUUCUCAAACGCCACUGAUCGCCAAGAAGCACUGGGGAAAGCUCCCUGGUUCCUCCACUCGAAGAUCCUCACCUUAAAAAAGUGGGAAACGCCUUCUGAGCAAGUUUUUCAAGAGCUUGCACGCGUCCCCUACCUCGUCCAACUCUGGAAUCUGCCUGAGGAAUAUAGAACUGUUGCGCUAGGCAGGCUCCUUGCCUCUCAAUUGGGAACCGUCGUGGAUGCCGGGAUGUACGCGGUCUGGGAGAACCCAGGUUGUGUGUUCAAAGCAAGAGUGCUGAUCGACGUAUCAUCCCCCUUGCAACAUCGACUGGAAGCUAGGAAGAGGAACGCAGAUGGCUCUAUGGGUGAACCUUUCCGGGUGUCUCUCAAGUACGAAAACAUCAAAACCAUUUGUUUCAGGUGCCGUAGAAUUGGGCACAACCAGAGCUUCUGUUCUUUUGAUUUGGCAACAGGCGAGGAUGGAUUCGGACCUGAGAUUAUUGGGAACCGAACAGGUCUGAAAUUGAAUGAGAAUUCUUAUGCGACAGCUCGGAGAAGUGGAAUAAAUUGGGGCGGGAAUGUGUGGCGCCAUGGAGCUCGUGCCACACCUUACUCCCGAUCCAAUACGAUGCUGAUUGAGGCACCUUCUCGGUUCGGCAGAGAAAACUCGGAUGGAAGGGGUCAGGGGACGCUGCCGCGGGACUUCUGACGGGAGAGAAAUUGCACAGGCAGAUCGUUGGGCCGCUUGGAGAAGGCGGAUGGGCUGGGAGCCUCCUCGGUGCCGGAGAACAUAUUGGGCCAGCCUUUGAUUGAGGCUGGUUGCAAUAAUAAAAUGGUAACUGAGCCCAAGGAUUCUAAAAAGCCCAACUUGCACAACCCUUGGUGUUAGAGCCCACACCUCUCCAAGUACAAGCUCCAUCCCCAUCAUACGGGCUAGGUAACUUAUAUUGUAGUGAAGAUCCCGGAUUUUUAUUUGACGAUUUAGAGGAUACUCUCUUAUUUAGCAUGCAAGGAGAAGGGAUAGGCUUCUUUGAUAAUGAAGGAAUGGAUCAAUC